AUGGCCGCCGUUUCGGCGGAGUGGUGGCGGUGGGGCGCGGCUGAGGGCCAGGACCACACCGAGGACGCGGAGGUGGCGGCGAUCGGCGCCCAGUUCCGCCGCGCCGUCCUGGCCGACGCCCCACAGCAGCCGCCGUUCCGAACCCUUGCUCCGCGAUCCAAACCCGCCCUCCGGGGCGCAUCCCCGGCCCGAUUCCAGCGGUGGGGCACCUGCCAGCCCGGACCGCAGCACCUCAUCCUGGGGCCGCUCGUCUUUCCGGACCUGGAGGACGUCUGCGCCCGGGCUUGCGGGUGCGGCACCCCCCCGCCGAGGGUGGCGAUCGGAGGGAGGUCGUCGCAGCUGAGCACGCCGUCGAUCGGGACGUCGGCCACGGACAGCGACGAGGAGUCCAG